AUGAAUACAAAAGUGAAUCAAACUCCUUUUAAGACAGAGUAUGCUGUAAACAUAACAUGUGAUUCAUGUGUUGAGUCUAUUAAAAACAUUUUAACAAAAAUUCCAGGGAUUAGUCGAUUUGACAUAGAUCUUAAAGAACAGAGCGUAAUAGUUGAAGGGACAGCACCACCUUCGAUUGUGUCAAAGCAAUUGAAAGAAACCGGAAAAACUGUGAUUGUUCGUGGUCAAGGCAAUGUUAAUGGAGCACAUUCUGGUGCAGCUGUUUGCAUAUUCGAAGACCAUACGUAUACACCGCUCAAUAGUGAAAAAGCAACUAUCCCAUUAAGAAAACCUCAAGGGCUUUGUCGCUUAGUACAAAUUGAUAAAGAUUAUUGUCUUAUUGAUGUCACAGUGCAAGGAAUUCCUCCAGGACGUCAUGGAAUUCACAUCCACGAAUUGGGCGACAUUUCGGCUGGCCCGUCAAGCACAGGGGCACAUUACAAUCCAGACAAUGUUGCACACAGAGAUAUCGAAAGUGGUCAUGUAGGAGAUUUGGGAAAUAUACUUGUUGAUGAGAAAGGAUGGGGAGAUCUUGUCGUGGAAAGUCGUCGAAUUAAAGUUUGGGAUGUUAUUGGAAGAUCAAUGGUAAUCACACAUGGAGAAGAUGAUGAAGGUAAGGGUAAUAACGCGCAAAGUAAAGUUGAUGGGAAUUCUGGUCCAGGUUUAAUUGCAGGAAUUAUUGCGCGUAGCGCCGGUCUCUUUGAAAACAAGAAAAAAGUCUGUUCUUGUUCUGGUAAAACUCUUUGGGAAGAGGCUAGAAUAUAA